CUAGAACCCCGAAGAAAUUUCCAGAGCAAUCUGGAGCAACCACCACAGAAGUAUCAUUGUCCAACGGAAUCGGAAACCCCUAACGCAACUACCACCUCAAAAUCGAAAGCGCCACCAUUUUCAAUUCUCAAUUCAUUUGAGUGACAGUUCGAAAGCUCCAUUCGAAGCUGUGAUUCGUUAGAUUUUCGUUUUCAUGGCUGCAUCGUCUUCCUCAGCAUCGCAAUCGCAUUUCACAUAUUCCAACGCCCCUACCUACUUCCCCGUUCCUUUCCACCUCCAGCAAUCCGCCGCCACACCGGCGCAUUACGCCGCUGCGGUUUAUGAUGCGGCUCCAGCCGUACAAAUCCCUUCGCCUCCGGAUCAGCAGUUGUUUGAGAGGGAUGCGCAGAUAAUAACGCCGGAGGCGCUGGAGAGCGUGAAGGCGGCGAUUGCGAGCAGCGAGGCGGAGAACAAGGUGGAGGCGAAGAAGAAAGCAGUUCCUCGAAAAGCUGCUGGUCAAACAUGGGAGGAUCCUAUUCUUGCUGAGUGGCCCGAAGAUGAUUAUCGGCUCUUUUGUGGUGACCUUGGUAAUGAAGUGAAUGACGAUGUUCUUACCAAAGCAUUUUCACGUUUCCCUUCCUUUAACAUGGCACGGGUUGUCAGAGAUAAACGGACUGGGAAAACAAAGGGCUAUGGUUUUGUAAGCUUUGCCAGUCCUUCUGACCUUGCUGCUGCUCUUAAAGAAAUGAAUGGUAAAUAUGUUGGAAAUCGGCCGAUAAAAUUAAGCAAGAGUAAGUGGAAGGAGAGAACAGAUUUCGAGGCCCUGGAAAAACAGAAGAGCCAAACUCACAAGAAACCGAAGCUUCCCAGGAAGGGUGUUCUUCACAAGUGAGCUAAGGCCCGAAUCUGUAAAUGAAUCAAGCUGAGUCAAGUAGAACACUCUGUAUUGGAAGCGCAUGCUUCACUGAAUUUUAAUGUAUCCAAACCCAAAGUAAAUAAAUCUUUACCUUAUCUGAGAUGUUUGUCUAGUGAUUUUUCCCCCCCUUUCAGAAUCUACCCGUUUCCUUUUAAAACGUAUUUGUAAUGCCGUAACUCCUAACCGCACCUGAUUUCUUGUUUAUGUUCCCGGAAUAUCUGGUGGUCAUUU